UCCUUCUCUUCAGAGAAGCUGCCCGUCCCGCUGAGUUACUGCAGCACUUUGUGUCUGUCUGCAGCAAAGGCAAUCGGUAUGGGGAGAGAGAGAUUGUCCACACCCCUCAGCAACCAUUCACUCAGCGGAGCGAAUUCCGCCAUUGCUGUGUUACACGUUUAAUAUUGAGCUGAACUUACCUGGUAAUUUUAUGGCGAUCUAAAGUCACCGACGCCACACGUCACCCUCAUUUGCUUGCGACGAAAGCUGUUCCUGGUGAAAUUUGAGUGCUCCGUGGCCGGAUUCGCUGACUAAGGAGCGCAUGCGCCGUGGUAACUCGUUCACUUGGAUGGGUGGGUUCGUGCAGCGAAAGCAAUUCUGCCGGAAGGCCAAAAACAAAUAGAAGCGCAAAACAAUUUUGCAAUAGAUGGAUUACUGCAUAAACUGGUUGCCUCAAUUACAAUUCAGCCUUGACCAUUUCGGAUCAGAUGUUGAUCUGGUUUGCUGUCUCACCACAAAACCAAAAUGGUAUUUUCUUUCACGUCAGUUCUCGCUUUUACCAAGCGUUUUCCAAUAAGGCAUGCCUGGAUCCCGGUUAGGAAUUGCAACCUUGCAUCUUGCACACAUACUGAGACAAGAAAAUGGCAGAAUUGCACACCAGUCUCAAACGGGGCCCGGCAAUCUCCGAUUGACCUAAGCUCUGUCAGGAGUGUGUAUGAUGCACAACUGGAGCCUUUACACAUCUCGUAUGACCCAAAUAGUUGCCUUCGAAUCAGAAACAACGGCUAUUUUUUCCAGGUGGAAUUUGAAGACUCCAAAGACAACUCGGUUAUUAGCAAUGGACCACUGAAAAACCAAUACAGAUUGAAGGAAUUCCAUUUUCACUGGGGUGCUGAAAAUGAUCGGGGAUCAGAGCACACAAUUAAUAAUCAGUUCUAUCCUGCUGAGCUUCAUCUCGUUCACUGGAAUCCAGUGAAAUACAAGAACUGUGAUGAAGCUGUUCUCUCUGAAAAUGGCCUUGCAGUUAUAGGAGUUUUUUUAAAGCUUGGAAGAAGGCACGAUAGUCUGCAGAAACUUGUGGAUGCUCUACCAGCUAUUAAAUAUAAGGACUCAACAGUUGAUUUCUUCAAUUUUGAUCCGAUAAGUUUGAUUCCAUCUCGUUCUGACUAUUGGACAUAUCCUGGUUCUCUGACCACACCACCAUUGACUGAAUCUGUUACCUGGGUCAUUAUGAAAGAUCCCAUUGAAAUUAACCUUGAACAGCUGGAUGUGUUUCGUAGUUUGUUUAGCACAGCUCGUGGGGAACAGCAAAAACUUAUGGUGGACAACUACCGAUCAUUGCAGCCUCUACUGAAAAGAACUGUGUAUACAACAAUCCCAUCUUCCCAUGAAAAUAAUUCUCAACAGAAUACACACAGCUGAAUGUUGAAAACUUCAAAUGAAUAUACCUAUGUGCUUUUGUUAUAUUAUAAGGGCUUCAAAUUUUCUUUUAUGAUGUGGUGAACUGGAAAAAGAAAUUACUUCAACUUUGGUGCUUACAUGUAAUAUCUACUUUAAGAUAUCAAUAACCAAGCACAGUUUAGAAGAUACUUAUAUAUUUGGGUGCUUUUUAUCAUUUGAUAUAAUUAAAAUAUAUGUUUUAUUAUUUGCAGAUGGAAAUAAUAGCUAAUAAGGUACUUGUAUCAUUUUGAUGACAAAGAUUGUUAAUGUUUUACAUAGAACACUAAAUACAACCUCUCAACCUUGGUCUCAUAUAAGCUGAACUUUUUUAUCAAUCUAAAACUAAUAUAGUGUUUAGGAUUUAACUGAGCAUUACAGUGAUGGUCUCGGAAAAUUUUGUUGACUAGAAAUGUUAGUGCAGUUAAUGGUGCAUGUUAGAAUGGUGGAUGAUCACUGUUGGCAUUUGUAUGAAAAUAAUGUCUUCUGUUCUUCUGUAAGUAGCAGCAUGAGGCUAUUCGGCCCCUGGUCUAUUGUGCCAUGCAAAAGGAUUAUAGCUGGAUAUUUAUCACCAUGCUGCUUCUCUGUACAUAUCCAUUGACGGUCUAUUAAUCUGUCUUGAAUAUAUUCAGUAGUGGAGCCUCCACAGCAUUCUUGGGUGGAGAAGUUCAGGGAUUCACCACCCUCUGGGUGAAGAUAUGUAUUAUUUACUCUCUCUCCUGAAAAGUCAACCCUUCAUUGAGAUUGUGAUCCCAUAACACCACAUACAGUAUAUAUCUUUUCAAGCCCAGAAGGCAUUGAUACAUUUUAAUGAGAUCACUCCUCAAUCUUUUAAACUGAAGAGUAUAGGCUCAGUUUCCUUAAUCACUCUUUGUAUGCCAAUCCUACCAUCACAGGAAUCAAUCAAAUCUAUCAAAUAUUUGUUGUACUGCCUUCAUCAGUUCUACCCUUACAUAGGGAGGUCUUAACUAUGUACAGUAUUCCAAAUGCAAUCUUAUUACAGUGCCUCACAAGGUACUGUAUGGUAACUUUUAUUUAAAGAACAUCUGACAACUCUUGUACUCAAAUGUUGCUACAAUAAAAGUAAACAUAUCUUUGCCUUCCAAAA